UAUUGUUGCUACAGAUGGUGGAUAGUUUGUAAACAGUUAAGAGAACAAGGUGACAUGGAUGAAGAUUAUGGUCAUAUGUUUGGUGGGGAGGAAUAUUUAGAUGAUGAUGGUUUUGAUGAUGACAUCAUUGAUUAUGAUGAUGGGGAUGCAGGAGGAGAUGACCUUGACCUGGGUUCUGAAGAGGAUGCAGAGUCUCAAAUUGAGGAACCAACACCUGAGUUACUUGAAGAAAAGAUCUCAAAAAAAGAACAGCUACAUAUGAUCCACUUACGUGCCUUGUUGAAUGAAAUGACAGAGAAAGUAAAACACCAUCAAUAUCUGACAGAAAAAACUAGAGAAGAAAUGAAGCAAUGUCGAUCUAGAAUGAGUCAGUUGGAGACAGAAAGAGAUCAGGUGUUUGGCCACAUACAGUCUGCAGAUUCAGAUGGCAACACGUCAGCUUUAUAUAGAUUGAGAGAUCAGCAUGCUAAACUGUGUCAGGAAUUAGAAGAUGAAAGGACGUUAGAAAAAAUGAUUCAAGAAAGACUAGAAAAUGAAGAAUAUGAACUAGCCAAAGUUGAGGUAGAGAGAGGUAAAUUUUUACUGGCUGAGGAUGAACUUGUAAAGAAAGAGCAUCAGUUAGCAACAGAAAAAACAGACAUGGCUCUUGACAGGCUUAAGAAAGAGGAAUGGAAAGUUAGAAAGGCUAUACAUCACAGGAAAAGUAAAGAAAGACAACAAUUGGAAGCAUUAGAAGACCAUAGACAAAGACAGCAGAUGCACAUUGAAGAUUCAAAACAAAGUCAUGAAAAACACCAAAAAUAUCUCAGUGCUACCAUGGAAAAAAUGAAGAAACGACAAGAUGAAGAAAAUAUUAGAUACAAAGAAAAUAUGCAUAAAAAGAUGGACAUGUUACUGAAGCUGAAAUCAGAUAUCACCUCAAACAGGGAAAAUUUAAAAGCCUUGCAUGCAAGAGAUAAGGCUUUAGAUAAAGAAAAAAAGCAACAGGAAGAGGAAGAAAGACAGAGAAUUCUUAGUGAGGGUGGAAAUCCAGACCAGGAAUUUCUCAUUAGGAAGAGGAUAGAAACAUUUGAAAGACAUAAAUCAGACUUUGAAGUUCAAAAAAGAAGUAGAGAAUCCACAAUAAUGGGUAAAAUCUUAUUGGAAGAAGAACGAAUGAGGAAAAGGAAAAAACAACAACCACAGCUAUUUUCAGAUCCAAAAAGGGAAAAAUCAUUGGUUGUAAGUGCUCAGAAGAAGAAACCCUUGAAGAUUAUGAGAGAUAUGUCAGGGUCUUCUGUGUUUGAUGAAACAGAGCUUAGAGACAGUAAAGUAGAUUUCUUAAUUGAUGAGUUAGAAAAGCAAGAUGAUUCUGACAGUGAACGAAGACAAACAGAAUCAGUCAGACCAUCUAGUUCUGAUGAGAAGAAAAUACCUGACUCUAGUGAUUCUGAGGAUGGAGAAAGUGAUGAUGAAAGAAAGGUAGAUCUUGCUCAGCCAGAAUUUCAGGGUUUGUGGAGUGAACACAAACCUUACAAAGUACCUAGUGAAACAAACACAGUGAAACUGCCAGGGGCUAGUAAGAUGGAAAAGGAAAUAUUGAACAAAGUAUUAGACAAACACAGAUCCGGUAUAAUUGUAAAACAAGUAGCUGCUGGCAGAGAAUUCCAAGGAUGUCCGUUUUAUAGCAAGCCUGAUGUCAUACAUUUCAAGGACUUUGAUGUAGGGAAGUCUUACAAAAAGAAAGUGACCCUGACUAAUGUAUCCUAUACUGUGAAUUACUGUAAAUAUAUCAACAUUACAGAACAUCUUAAAGACUUCAUAGAAAUACAGUUUGACCCACCAGGUCAGAUGUCUGCUGGUUUGACUUGUGAGAUGAUGGUUACUUUUAAACCAAUGAUAAAUGAAGAUUUGGUUGGUGAAGUUAAUUUCCUGUCACAGACUGGACCUUUCUCUAUACUUCUCAAAUGUACAACUAAAAAAUGUGAUCUGUCAGUAGAUACAAACAAAGUGGAGUUUGGCACCACUGUUAUAGGAGAGACCUUGAAGAAGUCAUUUACUUUGACUAAUAAUGGAGCUCUUGGAACCAAAUAUGAGUUCUUUAAACUGACAGGGUCCAAACUCAGGACUGUGACUACUGCUGAAACAUCAUUAGGACGUUUGACUACAGCUGACACAUUGAGAGGAGGAACACCUGAUUCCCUGUCAAUGAUGAAAAAAGAGCCAGCUCCACCUGGUGGCAAGAAACCAGACCAGGAAAUUGUUGACAAAGCUAGCCAGGAAGGAGGAGGUACAUCUAUUGACCACCAGGGUACACAGGCUGAAGCUGACGCCAUGAGUGGUACUAUGGGAGAUGUUGAAGAUGGAGAACAUUCUCCAGAUCUUGCCAUCAGUGAAAUAGAGGACUAUGGGUCCCUGGAUGGGAUGAAAGUUGGUCCAAUGUCUACAGGAGAAGUGGGUCCAUUUUCCUCUGUCAAGUUGGAGAUUAUCUGGCAGCCACACAUCCCUGGAAAAGUUUUUACAGAAUUCUUGAUAUCCUUUAGUGACCCUCUCUCAGAAAGUAUUUCCAUACACUCCCUAGCCAAUGCCAUUGAUGUUCCAGUUUGGGUUGAGAGACAGACUGUCGAUCUUAAGAUCUGUAUGUAUGACAGGCUGUACCAAGAUACCAUCAUUGUCAACAAUAGGGCAACAACAGCAUUGAGGCUAAAGUUUGAGGUGUGUAAAGAAUUGAAGAAUCAUCUUGAACUGCUACCAAAAACUGGAUACAUCCAAGCUCAGUCACAGUUCUCUGCUCAGCUCAAGUUUCUACCAAGAAAAAGUCUGUUUCAAGAAGCUGGUAAAUAUUUUGACAAAGAAACAGGUGUGUUGGAAGCUCCAAUGAUCAUCAGAGUGGCUGAUCAGACUCAGCCAGUACCCUUCACAGUCCAGGCUGUGGUGACCACCUCUGAUAUGGAGUUUGACAUUACCAACAUAAACUUUGGUUGUUGUACCAUCCAUGAGUCAACAAAGACAAGAAUACGUCUUAGUAACAAGUCUAUCUUACCACAGGAAUAUGGCUUUGUUGGCCUACCUGAUUAUGUUGAGGUCCAACCAGAUGAUGGAUUUGGGACACUGUUGCCUCUGGAAAGCAUUGACCUUGAUGUGAUCUUCAGUCCUAAGAAAGCUAGAGAUUAUAAAUUUGAACUAAAUUGUAAAUCAAUAAUUAACAGGGAGUUUAAGAUCCAGUGUGAAGGGGUAGGUGUACAUCCACCAUUGGACCUAUCUCAUCAGGUGAUACACUUUGCUGCUACAGCCUUGUAUGAUGUAUCAACAGCUACAGUCCAUGUCAACAACUCACAUAUCAGUACCAAUGAAUUCACACAUCCUGUGCCAAGGAUUGGUAAAGGAGAAAUUGUACCUGUUGGACCAACAUCAUUUGAAUUCAAGAUACCUGAGGGAGCUCCCCUGACUAUUUCACCCUCUGUUGGAACAAUAGAACCAGGAAAGAAAUGUAGGGUUCAGGUGAGGUUUGCUCCACAGUUGGAGGAGAUGGACGUUAGGAAGGAAGGAGUGAGAAUGGCCUCCAAAGCCAUGGAGGCAAAGGCACAGAAGGAAUAUCAGGAGUCUCUACAGAGAGAGAAAGAAAAGGCAGAUGAAGCUUUGGAAGAGGGAGAAGAAGAUGAGAAAUCAGGAAAUAAAGGUAAAGGAAAAGAGGGGAAAUCCCCAGCUAAAGGGAAGGGGAGACAAUCACCAGGUGUACCUACUCUUACUGUGGCUGGACCAAAACCUUUUACACCUCCAACACUAGAGAAUAUCACAAAGGAUACACCUGCUUAUGCAGCAGCCUUGGGAUCUCUAUUGAGACAAUAUAGAAGUUGUUUUAGAACCUAUGUAAUACCAUGUUAUGUAGCAUCAGGGAAAUGUGGUAAUCCAGGAGAACUACCUUACACUAAUAAGAACACAUUAUAUAUGGAGGUCCAUUGUCCUGUUGUUAAGCCUACCUUAGUGGCGAUCUCAGACCAUGGGAAGACAACUCUAGAUUUUGGAGAAGUUUCGCUAGGACAGACAAUUAUCAAAUCUGUCACCAUACAGAAUAUAUCAAAGAAAACCAUAGAAUUAACAUCAUCACUGCUGGACACAUCUGGACCUUUCCUCAUGUUGAAUGCAUUGAGAGUUUUACCACCAGAUGGCACUCAUACGAUACUGAUAUCCUUUACUCCUGAAGCUGGUCGUGUGUUUCAUGAAGUGCUACAAAUUAACAGUGGAACCUCAGUUUUACAUGUGACAGUGAUGGGUGAGGGUGUCAACCCAAUUAUUAACCUUGACAUGCCCACAGAAAAUGGUGUAUUUGAUAUUGGUGCUGUUUUAGCUGGAGAAUACUUAGAAAGAACAUUUAAGAUGCAGAAUUCCUCAUCACUAUCCAUAGAUUAUUCUAUAAAGUUAGAAAGUCUGUCUUUAUUGCGGCAUGCUAAAAGUCAAGAAUUGCCUUCAUUUAUAAAACCAGACGAAAAGAUGAAAAGUUUAGUUGGCACACAGAACAACAAUGGUCAAAAUAUAUUUGACUUGGUGCCGUCAGAAGGUCGAAUAGCACCAGGGGCAACCCAAGAAGUAACAGUGACCUUUGCCCCAGAUCAUCCUAGUGACCAUUAUUCUGAUUUUGUUAAAAUAGAAUUAUUUGGAAAGAAAGAAUCUCACUCCUUCCAAAUAAAAGGCAUGGCCAAGAAAAAUGUUAUGUUUGUCCAUGGUGUGGAUGAAACUACAGUUAAUGUGGAAUCAUUAUCAGAAAAUCCACCCUCAACAUUAGAAGAAGAAGAAUUAAAGGGCAUAUUACCAUCAGUAUUAUUUAGUGUUAGGAGCAUAGCCAAAGAAUCAGAAUUUGUACCAGGUUCCAGAGAGAUAUAUGUGGGCUGUGUCAGGACAAUGGCAGUCAGUCAGAAAAAGGAAGUCAAAGGAAAGAAUGGUGAAUUCCAGUUUGAGAAUGUGCAAGCUAUAACAUCAAAAGGUUUUAAUAUAGAUCCACAAAGGGGUAUGGUAGAGGCAGGAAACCUGAAACCAGUCACUGUCACCUGGUCUCCACCUGCAGGUCAUGAUCCAAAUGAGCCAGUUGAAGCCAGUAUAAUCUUAACCUUGAAAGGAGACAUUACAGAACAAGUCAAGGUCAUGUUGAGGGCAUAUGUUGUUUCAGAUGUAGAGGAUAAAACUGACAAGACAGAAUCAACAGAAAAUACACAGACAUAAAUUAUAGAGACAAAUUAAUUUAAAAAUUAUAGAAUAUAA